AUGGCGUCGAGCACCGGCAUUGCACCUCCGGUGUUGGCGAUGCCAUCGAGCACCGGCAAUGUUGGAGAGAGCUCGUCAAAUGCUCUGGCGGUUGGUCUUUGGGAUGCCCAGCAGUUGGAGAAGAAGCCGUCCGGCAGCAAUGAUUUGCCUGCUGCAGCUGGCCGGGAAAGGAAGCCGGUGCCUAUAAAUCCCUUGCUGCUGGCAUCGGCAAGUUUUGGCUCCUGGAUGGCAAUGAAUUAUCUUUUCAGCAAGGAAGACAAACAAGCACCACCAAUGGUCCAGCCUACUCAGGUAUUUCUUGACUUGCUAGUGGGAUACCCUGCCGGCAACAUCACUGAAGGAAGAUUGACGGUGCAGCAAGCUUGUAAAGAUGUAGAAAAUGUGGUUGAUCAGCCUGCUUCACCCACAACGGCUCUGCUUCUGAAGGGCGUCACUGCCAUGGGAGACACCGCACUACAUUCGGUUGCAAGCAAUGGUGACAGCGAUAAAUUCUUGAUGUGUGUUAGCAUCAUCAUCGAGAGGGACCAAGGCCUCCUGUUUGCAGUGAAUAAAAUGGGAGACACGCCCUUGCAUUGUGCUGCCAGAGCAGGUGUCGCAAAACAUAUGGUGAACUGGAAUACUAGCCUUACCACUUAUGGGGAUAGACACGGGAUUACACCUCUUCACUUCGCUUCAGGUGUCGGCGGUUCUAUUUCUAAUGAAUUCAGACAGUUAUUAGAAGCUAACCCAGCACCAGUAUACCAGGCAACUAACAAUGGAUUUUUUCCUAUACAUGUUGCUGCCUCUGUGGGCACGAAAUUUACCAUAAGCAUUAUUCUUGCAAAGUUUCCUAGUAGUGCCGGAUUGCGCACUGCUCAGGGACGGACAUUCCUUCAUGUUGCAGUUGAGAGAAAAAGAUUGGACAUAGUCUCCUUUGUAUGCCAAACUCCUUCUUUAGACUGGAUUUUAAAUAUGCGAGACAAUGAUGGCAACACUGCAUUGCAUUUGGCAGUCCGGGCUGGAAAGCUUCGAACUUUUUGUCCUCUAUAUGGGAACAAAGGAGUGCACUUAAGUUUAGCAAAUAACAAAAGCCAGACUCCCCUUGAUAUCGCCAGAGCCUUGCUUCCUCAUGGAAUGCAUUACGAAUGGAACAGUGAUUGCCAGAUAUACCGGGCACUCUUAUCGGGCGGUGCUAGACAUAGUUUUCUUGUCCCGCAUCAGAUUGAAGGAAAUUAUAGUAAUCAAUCAAAACAAAAGCAGGUUGAAGAAGCAGAGAAGGUGAAAGAGUCAAGCCAAAUACUAGGCAUCGGUUCAGUUUUAAUAACAACUGUGGCAUUUGGUGCAACUUUUGCUGUUCCCGGAGGCUUCAUAGCGGACGAUCAUACCAACAGAGGCACACCAACACUUGCUGGGACGUAUACAUUUGACGCGUUCAUGAUGGCCAAUGCGUUAGCUUUCAUUUGCGCCUCGAUAGCUACUGUUGGUCUCAUGUUCUCUGGAUCUCCUUUGAUUAACAUGAAGAGCCGCAGAAUCAACUUGAACACAUCUGUGUACUUUUUGUAUAGUUCGGUCACAUGCUUGUCUGCUGCUUUUGGACUGGGUGUCUAUAUGGUGCUAGCUGAAGUUGCUGAAGCUACUGGCAUUGUGAUCUGUGUGCUCAGUCCUCUCGUAGCUCUAUAUGGAGGUCUUGAAGUCUUAAUGAAGUUCUGUAUUCUUGCACAACCGGUAUGGGUUCGGCUGGGACCAGUUCGCGCAUCAAAGUGGCUUGCAUACACGCUUGUUUCCAUACUGUUGAUGGGACUUUGGCCCUUCAUUAUUAUCUUUGGUUGGGCUGCAAUUGCACGGAAGCUCCGAAACCACUGACGACAAGAGGUAUCAAAUAUGUGAUGAGCUGAAGCUAAACGAAGUGGGCCUGCUAAGCUUUGUGACUUAGUCAUUCAUCAGCAUAUGUUUGUUCAGAACCUAUGGUGUGAGUUAUCUUGGCUUG